ACCGCAAUGAUAAAUAAUUUACACAGUGAGGUGUAUCCACGGGAACCAUGCAUUCCCGGCACACAUCAGAAGAAGAGAGAAACUGAACGAGGGAGGGACGGAAAGAGAGGGGGAGAGUAUGUGAAUGAUACUGARAAGAGGAGUGAGCCUGUAACUCACACUCUCACACAGACAGACGGAGGGAUCUAUGUGGCAGCAGCGGAGGCAGCAGCAGUGUGGUGUGGGACAGAGGGGAUUGUUGUUGCUUGGCUGAGCUGGGACCUGUCCUGUCUGAUGGAGAGCAGAAGGAUGCAGUGAGCCUAUUCUUAAGUAUGUGGCAUUGAGCUGAAAGAAGUGUUCGUUGGGAAUCAUGUGAUUGGACAGCAAUGUUUACCUGCCUCAUGUGACUUCAAAGAGAAUAUUACACUAUAGGGUCUCCAUCAUGGCUGCUGUGAUGUGGACCUCUCUCCUCCUCUCCCUUGCUCCUCUCCUCCAUCUUCAAGCCUUUACCUUGGCCCCAGAGGGCGCCACAAAGGCACCACCACACCCACAUACAGACACACAGAUCGACGUCCCAGUACUGGCCUCACACAGCACUGUAUGGCCCUCCUGGGCUCCUGUAGUCCCCACAGCUGGAGCCAGAAGGGCCGACUCUCUGGACUGGUUUCCAGGGCUGAAAGACUCCACACUGGCACCUGAGGAAACUGAGAAAAAGGACAACAAAGAUGAGUUUCGGGGAACUAUCAGUGACUACACAGAGACCCAAGGCUUUAAUCCACUCACUAGACCUACAUCACCAGCCCCAGUGAAUACACAGAGACCCAAGGCUUUAAUCCACUCACUAGACCUACAUCACCAGCCCCAGUGAAUACACAGAGACCCAAGGCUUUAAUCCACUCACUAGACCUACAUCACCAGCCCCAGUGAAUACACAGAGACCCAAGGCUUUAAUCCACUCACUAGACCUACAUCACCAGCCCCAGUGACUACACAGCUAGGGUCUACUACUGACGCGGACCAACACCAACCCAGAGCCCAGGCCACAAACAGAGAGUUGUUAGCUCUGGACUUCUCAGCCACUCAACAGAGAGACAUACUGGAGGGAGAUAUCGUGGUGGAAGAGAUUGGAGACGAGUUACAGGACUUCACAGAGGAAACAGGAACAGACACAAGUGUGUUUCCAGAGGAGGGGUGGCCAAAGUCGGCCACCAAUGAGUCGGUUCUCGUCGACUGCAGCCUUGACACCAGAGCCACACCCUGCAACACAACUGAUCAAUCCUGGAGCUCCUUUUACCCCGAUGACAUCAUCUCCAAUCAAUCCCAGCGCCCCUUUCUGUCUCUAACCCCUCCUCUCUUUGUGCCUCUGUAUUCUGAUUGGAACUCAGCUCUAGCCACCUGGGGCUUUGCCUGGGAGGCCCACAUCUACGGUCUGGGAUCUGUGUUCACUGCAUUAGGUCUGAUAUCUGUACUCUGCCUGUUAGGUCUGCCCCUGCGCUGCCCCCCAGGAAGCCCCUACUUCACCCUGCUGCACCUGUUCCUCCUGGCCACCGGAGGCACUAGAGCAUUCUUUCUGCUGUAUGAUGCUUAUAGUCACCAGGACCACCUGCCUGCUCUGGGCUCUCUCCUCCUCUCUGAACUACCCUUCCCCUGCCUCACCUCUGCCUUCUCCGUCUGCUUCCUUCUUCUCUCCCUCCGCUCUCGCAUGUACCUCUCCCUUCAUUUUUCCCUCUCUCUCUCCCUCCCUCUCUCCACCCUGCCCAGGCCUUGUCUCUUGUUCUUCCUCUCCCUGAUGCACUUCGGGGCCUUCAUGGGCUCCAUAGCUCUAUUCCAUGUCUUCCCAAGCCUCCCUGUUCUUCUCCUGCUCCCCCAGGGAGUGUUCAUCCUCCUCUGCCUCCUCCUCCCCUGCUCCUUCCUCCUCUUCUACUGCCAUGUACGACAAGACGCCAAACACAUCCAACGGCUGAGUGACGGUGAGGGAGAGGUAACAGGUUCCCCAGUUCUGGUGGGGCGGCUGUUCCGGUGCCCAUUCGCUGAGGCUGAGGAGUGGAGAAGGGCAGCAAGGGCUGGGGUGGGAGGGGCUCUGUGCCUGUUAGGGUGUGGGGGGCUUCAGCUGUAUGGGAUGUUACAUGCAUUAGGGCUCGGAGGGGUGAAUGCUGGGGCAGGGUUCCAGCCCUGGCCUUGGUGGGCAUACCACCUGGGCUGCAGGCUCUGUGAGGUAGGGGUGUGUCUGUCCCUGUCAAUCAUCGGCACUCAGCCCCUCCUCUUCUGUUGCUCCAACUCUAACUCCUCCUCCCGGACUAAACUCAACACCAACACCUGUCAGGGGUCGUGGGCGCGGCUGCCCUGUGCCUCACCGGCAGGAGGGCCUAGCCACCCACUUCCCCUCUCUCCCAUCCUCCCCCCUCACUACCCCUGGUCCCUUGGGGAGAAAGAGAAGCAGGUGGUCUGUGAUGUCAUCAGGAAGCGCCAGUCCGAAGACCUCCCCCUCUACACACUAAUGGAACCCUCUUCAAAUGGACUGAAUCUGCAUCCUCACCUUAACCCCCACCCUGGCCAGACCAAAACCUCCAGACACCCCAACCUCCCUGAUCCUCCAAGCCCACCAGGGAGACUUCAAGCUGGGGUUGAGUCCCAGGGCUCCUCCCAGGGUAGUCUAUGUCUGGAAACUGACUCCACAGUGGACCUGCGCCCCCCCUCUCCCAUUGACCUGUCCCGCAGCAUAGACCAGGCCCUGUACAGCGAGACCCUGUUCCCCCACGGCCUUUUCAGCCCCUCCAGGCUGCUCCACGCCUCUUCCAGCCUCUCCUUGAACUCCCCUGGCUCCCACCACAGCCAGAGUGCCUCAUGGCCUGGAAACAGCUCAGCUGACAGUCCCCUCUACCGGACCUCUUCCUGUGGAGAUGUGGAUAUGUCUCCUACACGGCCUCCCCAGCCGGGAUGCAUUCUCCCAGGCCACAGCGAUCCCUGCUGUCUGCCUGAAUGCUGGUGGAGAGGUAGUAACUCCAGCUAUCUGUGCCAGGAGUCCCUGAGUGGGUCUUCCCAGGGUCUGUUCUCCAGCUCAGGGACAGGAGGGGCAUGGUCACACCCCCACACCACCAGAGGGCAGCCCUCCCAGAGCAGCAUGCCCAGGACACUCCCCCACCUUACCUAUCACAGACGUUACCGCACCCUCAGCUCGGCCUCGCAGGACAGUUGGGGGGAGGGGCGGCUGGAGGGCAGAGAGGACCUGAGUGAAAGCAGGUUGCUGGAACGGGAUACGGCCGUACAAGCAGAAUUCGUCAACGUGUGCCGACAGAUCGAUGCUCUUAGCGUGUGCAGUGACACUAUUGACCUGUAGGCAGAUGCUACAGGGUUUGAACCAUGUGUCAUCUAUGUGCCACAAGGACGUAAGGAUAUGACAUGUAUAAUGCACAGAGAUUAUAUAUUGACCUCUAGUGAGAGCUAAGGACUUAACUGAGUGAUGUUAGCAUUCAGAUCAAGCAGUUUUUGCACUGCUACAACAGAAGUGUACAGAGGUAGAACUAACUAUCAGUUGCAGUUUUAUGGGGAUUCUACACAUAGACUUAUAGAUAGUUCUGUUUGAUUAGUUAUAAGCUGUAUAUAACUGUACAGUUAGUUCCAAAAUGUGCUAAAUGAACAAUGAACUUACUGAAACAACCAAAGUAGAACUGAUUUGAAGAACUUUGAAUAAGAAAUGUCAGUGUAGUGUUGAUGAUAACUAUACCAAUAUGCAAGAUCACGUCAUACUUUAGUGCCAGCUACUGGGGGAGAGUGAACAUAAAGUGUAACUCAUACAUUAUAGCUGUUUUUUAAUAAACAGUUUGUUCUUAUAAAGAAUUUAUAACUAGUGGCCUACCACCAAGCAAUACAAGCGUACCUGUUUAAGUCACAACACCAAUAUAAACCAGGAGUUAUACUAGUGUUCAAGUGCCAAAUGCAGCAAUGGAACCCGAUACCAAAGCUAAGAUCUCACUCAACGUUUUUAAUUUCAUUGAAAAACAGCUCAACCGCUGAUAUUUCAAACCCUUUCUCUACAAUGAGUAGCGCUGUGUCAUACGGUACAUAUAUCAUUGAAGACUGUGUAAAAUAUACAGAGUAUACUAAACGUAAGAACACCUGCUCUUUCCAUGACAGACUGACCAGGUKAAUCCAGAUUAAAGUUAUGAUCCCUUAUUG